UUCAUGUCGUUCAGUUUGAUUAAUAUAAAGAAUAGUAUUGUUUAGGUACCAAAACGAAAUAAUUUAAAAUGAAAGAAAGGAUGAUGACGUGUAAUUUAGAUAUCCUUCUCAUAGCUAAUUGCUUUGGAAACUUCAUCAGUAGAUGAUCUUGUUUCGAAUAAAAAUGAAUGCCACAUCAUCAUAUGGCAAACUUAGAUCACAAUAUGCAUACGCAAAAUUAUGCCCAUAACUGUGGGAGAUGGAGUACAUUUAGGAAAGAAUUUGUGAAGAUCUAGUUUAAACAAGUGCAAUUGAUAUAGGGACUGACGUCAAUCGCAUACAGGUUCCAGGCUUUUCAUUUACGUAGUGAUAAGAAAAACAAUUUGAACAGGUGUUGUUACUUGCCAAAAUUUUCUAGCGUGCAACCUAAAUGCUGGUUCGAGAUUUGUAUCAACACCGAAUUUGACGAUUCAUUAAACGAAAAAAAACAUGAUUAUCCUGCAACUCGUAAAAACACCAAACUGACACGCGUGCCACAUGAUGAGACACCUGAGUCAAUACAGGAUCUUUGGGUAUCAGUGAGAACUGAGACCGAGACUGAGAAAUGAGUAUAAAUAGUGUAUGAAAAGCGAUCUUCAAUCACAGUUUGGUGCAGUAUCGGUGCAGGUCAACAGAGAAAACAUCAUGUCGUUCAAGACUCUCUUCCUAUCGUUGUGCGUGGUGGUGGUCGCUAUGAAUGGCAUCGAAGCCAAAAAGUCCUACAUCGCUUUCGUGAAAAGCUCCAACUUUUUCGAAGCGUGGCAAGACUGCAAUUCCUACGAUGCUCAUUUAGCAACUGUAAGGUCCGCAGCAGAGCAAAGUCUUGUGGAACAGGCAGUGGCCAGAACUAGCAGUCCAAAUGGGGUUUACUUUAUCGGUGGAACUGACAUUGGCCGUGAUGGUCGCUGGAUGUGGAUUGGUUUUAACAAGGUGAUCGAAAGCACUGACUACCGCAACUUCUAUCCAGGAGAGCCCAACAAUCUCGGAGGCAACCAAGAAUGUUUGUCAGUCGGAAACUUUGCAGAUAACCGUGGAAAAUGGGAUGAUGUAGAAUGUUUGUCCAAAUUAGCCGGAUAUGUUUGUGAGUUCGAAGUAACCCCACCUGCACCAUUCCCAAGGGUUUAAGAAAAAAGUAUCACAUGAGGUUGUGAGAUGUGUCUGUUCUUUUAAACCCUGUUUCAACUAUGUGAUAGGAAUUGCAGGAAAUAAAGCAUUCACUUGAUUAAGCUAAAACUUCUUCGAAACAUCGUUUUAAUACAUUAGUUAUUCCAGUGAAACAAUUGAAAGAACUGAAAAUAUUGCUCGUUUUACAAAAUAAUAUUUGAAAAACAAAGAUUUUAUACAAAACUAAAUAC